GCAGAGCCUCAGGUCAAAGAAUGGUCCCUGUGAGGUGUAUGUUGAGCCAAAACAAAAUAAUCAGCGUGGAAACAGACGCUUAGGUAUAUUAAAUAUGUUUAUGUUCUCUACGCAGACCACUGGACUUGUAGGAUUGGCUGUAGCUGAAAACCCUCAUGAGCGCCUGCGAAUACUGUACACAAAAAUCCUUGGUGUCCUGCAAAACAUUCCCAAAGAUGCAGCAUAUAGGAAAUACACUGAGCAGAUUGUAAAUCAGCGAUUUAAUUUGGUGCAAACGGAGACUGAUGUGCAAAAACUACAGGAUAAGCUGAAUAGUGGUCACAUAGAAGAAGUCAUUGUACAGGCUGAAAAUGAGCUUUCUCUGGCAAGAAAAAUGAUACAGUGGAAACCAUGGGAGCCUCUAGUUGAAGAACCUCCUUCUGACCAGUGGAGAUGGCCAAUAUAAUUUUCAAAAUGGUGUAACCUCUUGAAAGUAAAAAAAAAGUUAAUUAUUAAUCUAUUGUUACUGACAGUUGUCUUUAAAUUAAAGAUAAUAACUUCAUAAAAACAUGUUUUGUCC